UCUCAGCGUGCAGCCUGGAUCGGGAGUUCUCGGCAGAAAACCCACAUCAGCGGUAAUAUGGACUUAACGGUUUUUGGACAUACUUCGUAGUACGGAGUACUCUGUACGGAGUACUUCAGAAGAACUACUGGGUACUACGUGCCUACCCACUUCAUACUUAAGAUGAUUGGCAUUCAAUGACAAGAGAUAACUCCACAGCUGAUAUGCAUACGCAUAGCGUAUUAAGCUAACACCGGCAGUAUAAGUCAUAUUUGAUUCCAUCCACCGUAAUAAAAUAUCCUUUAUAUACACAUCUUGCAUUGCCGGUAGAUGCUACCCUAUAUUCUUGGGCUCCGAUUAUAGCGAACACAGCUGUCAACCACUGUACUGUGGCUUUGCUGUCUUGAAUGCUGAAUACCUUAACUGUGAAAACACAUGGAGUAGGUAAUUCGCGCAGGGCACGUACAGUCACAGGCUCUCAGCCACGUUGGAUGACAAAUUUAUGCGACACCACUGUCUUAUUCCUUCCAACACCACCAUUAUUCAACAGUAACCAUCACGAAAUAUGGUUGAGCUUCGAAAGCGCAAAGCGCCAACUCAACUGCCUCCCGCGGAGAAAAGGACCAGGAAAAGCCAACGGUCAAACACUGUACUGGAGGGCGUGCUCCAGGAGAAAGAAUCAUCCACGGUCUCAAAAGAGGUGCUCAAAGUCGGCAACCAAGUUAUUUUGGAUGGAUUUGGUGGAGAAAUUGAAACAAAUGAUGGCAUAAAGACAACACUGAAUAAGUUGGUUGAUGAAAGCAAAUCAGGUGUUGUGCUCUUUACAUAUCCUAGAGCCUCUACCCCCGGCUGUACAAAGCAAGCCUGCAUGUUUCGCGACAACUAUGACUAUUUAACUUCGACUGGGUUCUCCAUCUAUGGACUGUCCGCGGAUUCGCCAAGAGCAAACACCACCUUCAAAACCAAACAACGUCUACCCUAUCCUCUCCUCUGUGAUACUACAUCCUCACUGAUUGCGGCUCUGGGGUUCAGAAAGGCACCUAAAGGAACAGCCAGGGGCAUUUUCGCUGUAGAUAAGGAAGGUACUGUUCUGCUACUACAGCCUGGUGGCCCAGAUGCCACGGUAGAGGCUAUGCGGCAAUUGAUUGCAAGGAACUCCAGUAGUAACGACUCAAAGUCGGGUAUCUGACAGCUUCAGUCACCAGCCAAGGCAACCAGAAGGACAGCAACCAGAGGCAAACAGAAUCAACCGCACCUAUACAAGCAGGACUACUUGCAGUUUCUGUCCCCUUCGAAGUGGCUAUCUACCGAAUGACUACGGUUACGGCCGAGUCCAUAUCAUUCGUUUCUAAUAGACAAUGUAUGUAAAAUUGUGCGUUUUGGCAGUUCUCCGGAGCCGUGCUCCUCAAUGUUAGCCUAUUUGGAAACGCUUGGCGAACCGCUCAAACAACCCAUGUAGUGGUAUCAAUCAUUCUUACAAUAUUCCCAGUUUAGACUUUACUAAACCAUGUUCCCCUUCCAACUUUGUGGUUGUGACUAUAUUUGACUUACAUCUACAGUGUUCAAUUUAUACUCACCAAUAGCCCUCGUGCCAUUGGCUCAAACGGACAGCAACAGUGUGCGGAAAUAUAGUUGUUCCGUACACGGCGACGUUUCUAACCCGACAGCUUGAUUUCACCACAGGAUGACAAUAGACUUAAUUCAUUCGGGUUCUAUUUCUA